AUGGAGGACACACUUGUGAAUGUGAAGAAAUGGGUAGAAGAAAACAAAGAUGCUUUUCUGCCUCCAGUAUGCAAUAAGCUUAUGCAUCACCGACAGCUCAAUAUAAUGUUUGUUGGUGGACCAAACCAACGGAAAGAUUACCAUAUUGAAGAAGGAGAAGAGUUGUUUUACCAGCUUCAGGGAGACAUGUGCCUGAAGAUAAUAGAAAAGGGAAAACACAAGGAUAUCCACAUUAAAGAAGGAGAGAUGUUUCUUUUACCAGCCAGGAUUCCACAUUCUCCACAAAGAUAUGCAAACUCUGUGGGACUGGUUGUUGAAAGGAGAAGAUUAGAAACAGAAACUGAUGGACUGAGAUAUUAUGUUGGAGAAUCAACAGAUGUCCUUUUUGAAAGAUGGUUUUACUGUGAGGAUCUUGGUAUACAACUUAUUCCAAUAAUUCAAGAAUUUUUCAGUUCAAUGCAGCAUCAAACCGGAAAGCCUAAUCCAGAUGAAAUCUUAAGAGCAAUUCCUUUCCCACUAAAUGAUGUCACAGUCAUGAAUCCUUUUUCUUUGCAAGAUUGGCUGAAUGAUUACCAAGAAAAUAUAGCUCUGAAGCAAUCCUUGAGUCUUUUUGGAGACAACUUUGAAACAGAGGUUAUACUAUUUGGACCAGGAAUAACUGAAGAGGGAGGAAAGAAUGCAGAUAUGUGGAUAUGGCAGAUGGAAGGUGCAUCUUUUGUUACUAUUGAUAGAGAAAUCCUGACUUUAAGGGCCGGAGACAGCCUUCUUGUGCCAGUGCAAACUAAGUUUCACUGGAAGAGAGAUGAAGGAUCCAUUGCUCUUUCUGUUGUUCAGAAUCCAGAGAGGAAAAGACCCUAUGUCUGA